GUGGGCAUUUAAUAGAAGUCUGUGUGCUGGGCCACAAAAGGGCUUUGAGGUGCAGGCCAAAUUUUAGUGGGCUUAAAUAUAUAAUUAUAGCCUCUUAAGGGGCCGGUUGCUUGCGUUCAGUGGCGUUUUGAGUUCAUAAACUAAUGGCAGGGUUGGUCAACGCUUGCCGGCGAUUAACGAAACCAUGUACACCUUUACGUAGCGACGAAUACAGAGAGGUUCACCUUUUUUAAAGUUACUAAAGUAACCCUCACUCUCUCACUACCCCCUCCAAGUCCGUGGCUUAUAAAGUCCAUUGGGAGCUUGAAAUCAAAAUACAAAGCGCGACGUGCCCAAUCAUUUUUCUUCUGAUCCGAUCUGACUCUCCCAUCCAUCCUCCUCUCCUAAUGGCGUCCCAAGACAAUGUGUCCAGAUCUCCUCCUGCUAAUGCCCACCCCAUGAAGAUCGCAUUGGUCACCGGCAUCACCGGCCAGGAUGGUUCAUACCUCACGGAGUUCCUACUCCAGAAAGGCUACCAAGUUCACGGCCUUAUCCGACGUUCCUCCAAUUUCAACACUCAGCGACUCAACCAUAUCUACGUCGACCCCCACAAUGCCAACAAAGCUCGCAUGAAGCUCCACUACGCUGAUCUCUCUGAUGCCUCCUCUCUCCGCCGUUGGCUCGAUGUCAUCAAGCCUGACGAGGUCUACAACCUUGCUGCUCAGUCCCACGUUGCUGUCUCCUUCGAGAUCCCUGACUACACUGCUGAUGUCGUCGCUACUGGAGCUCUCCGCCUCCUCGAGGCUGUCAGAUCUCACAACAUCGACAACGGCCGCUCCAUCAAGUACUACCAGGCCGGCUCCUCCGAGAUGUUCGGCUCCACUCCUCCUCCUCAGUCCGAGACCACGCCGUUUCAUCCCAGAUCUCCCUAUGCAGCGUCCAAAUGCGCCGCUCACUGGUACACCGUCAACUACCGAGAGGCCUAUGGUCUGUACGCCUGCAACGGGAUCCUCUUCAACCACGAAUCACCACGCCGGGGUGAGAACUUCGUUACUCGGAAAAUCACUCGGGCUUUGGGAAGGAUCAAGGUCGGAUUGCAGACGAAGCUCUUCCUCGGAAAUAUACAGGCUUCAAGAGACUGGGGCUUCGCAGGAGACUACGUCGAGGCAAUGUGGCUGAUGCUGCAGCAGGAGAAACCAGAUGACUACGUCGUGGCAACUGAGGAAUCACACACUGUCGAGGAGUUUCUGGAGGUGUCUUUCAAGUACGUUGGGCUCAACUGGAAAGACCACGUCGAGAUCGACAAGAGGUACUUCAGGCCAACAGAGGUGGACAACCUCAAAGGAGACGCAAGCAAGGCAAAGGAGAUGUUGGGGUGGAAGCCCAAAGUAGGAUUCGAGAAGCUGGUCAAGAUGAUGGUGGACGAAGACCUUGAGCUGGCUAAGAGGGAGAAAGUGCUUGUCGACGCUGGCUACAUGGACGCUAAGCAGCAACCUUGAUCUCGAACUACCCAAAGAUGAGCCAUCAGUAUCUUGCUUUUCUUCAAUUGAAAUCUAGUUUUGUUUCAUUUGUUGUUGUUGUCUUUUAUUGUUUCAAGUAGUUCAACUUGCGUAUAGUCAGUCCAUUGUGGAUGUUGUACCAAAGGCAAACAGAACAUAUAUAUUACAUAUGAAUUUUCCCUUA